GGUCGGGCAGGCGGGGAGAGCCAGAGACCACAGGGAAGCUGCGAGAGCCGGGGUCGGGAGGCUGAGGGAGGCACGGGGAGGUCGACAGGCUAGGGAGAACCUCCCUGGGGCGCACAGAGAAGCGGGAGAGCCCGGGGUCGUGAGGACAGCAGUGCAGAGAGAGCUGGGAUGCGGGAGGGACCACCCACACCCCCGCGCGCCGCCAUUCCCGGCGAAGGGCCGAGGGAGCCCGAACUUCCACGCGCGGCAGAGGUGGAGACAGGACUCGCACGGAACAGCCACCCGCCUGAGCCGGGCUUGGGCGGAGCGUGGGAUCCGGGAUCUAGCCCUGGACGACCCGCCCGUCGUCGUGGCAACCGCCGUUCCCGGGGCAACCGGCGCUGCUUCCACCCGCGGUUGUCCUGAGCACACCGGCGCGCCGUUCCCGCACUCGCCCGCUCCCACUCUGCCUCUGGUCCUGCGGGUCGCACUCGGGAGCGGGGCCGAAGUCCGCGGGAUUGUUGCGGGAGCCUGGGAGGGAGAGGGCGUCCUGGAGCCCAGCCCCGGCGUCAGCGCUGCGUGCUCGGGAGGAUGGAACUACAACCCCCGACAUGCCUCGCGACGGCCCAUCCCGUCAUCUCCGUGCGGGCCGAUCCCGGGCGCCCAUGGGACUUGGAGUUCUUUGUUGUGUGGCGGCCUCAAUGAAAGCACGGGGUGGGCGUGGGGGGCGGUUGUGUUUGGAUGCUUCCCUAGAAAGGAGCCUAAGAGACCGUCGCCAUGUUCCCGGAACCUCCAACCGCGCGGCCUCCAGCGCCCGACGCCCCUCCAGACUCCAGUCGCAUCAGCCAUGAGCCUGUGCCUGCCUGGGCCCUGGCCACCAUCACGCUGGUUUCAGCCUUCGUGGUCUUCAGCUGCUGCUUUUGCCUCUACCGGAGGCGGUGUGGGAGGCGGAUGGCGAAGAAGAGUCCAGCCCCAGCACAGGUCCACCUCCAGGAAGUGAAGGAGCUGGGCCUGAGCUACAUAGACAAGGUGCAGCCGGAAGUGGAGGAGCUGGAGCCGGCACCGCUGGGGACAGGACAGCCAGCGGCAGAGAAGCAUGCGCUGGGGCGGCUCCAGUACUCACUGGAUUAUGAUUUCCAGAGCGGCCAGCUGCUGGUGGGCAUCCUACAAGCAGAGGGUCUCGCGGCCUUGGACCUGGGCGGCUCCUCUGACCCCUACGUCCUGGUCUACCUGCUGCCUGACAAGCGGAGGCGCUAUGAGACCAGGGUGCAUCGGCAAACGCUGAACCCACAUUUUGCGGAGACCUUCGCCUUCAAGGUCCCCUACGUGGAGUUGGGGGGCAGGGUACUGGUCAUGGCAGUAUAUGACUUCGACCGCUUCUCCCGCAACGAUGCCAUUGGCGAGGUGCGGGUUCCUAUGAGCUCGGUGGACCUGGGACGGCCGGUGCUGUCCUGGCGGGACCUUCAGGCAGCGCCUGGCGAGGAGGAGGAGAAGUUGGGGGACAUCUGCUUUUCCCUCCGCUAUGUCCCCACGGCUGGGAAACUCACCGUCAUUGUCCUAGAGGCGAAAAACCUGAAGAAGAUGGAUGUAGCCGGGCUCUCGGACCCCUACGUCAAGGUCCACCUGCUGCAGGGCGGCAAGAAGGUGCGGAAGAAGAAGACGACCAUUAAGAAGAACACCCUGAAUCCCUAUUACAACGAGGCCUUUAGCUUUGAGGUUCCCUGUGACCAGGUACAGAAAGUGCAGGUGGAGCUCACUGUGCUGGACUACGACAAGCUGGGCAAGAAUGAGGCCAUCGGGAGAGUGGCCGUUGGGGCGAUGGCUGGCGGGGCUGGGCUGCGGCAUUGGACAGACAUGCUGGCCAGCCCUCGGCGGCCCAUUGCUCAGUGGCACUCGCUGCGCCCCCCUGACCGGGUCAGGCCACUGCCCGCGCCCUGAUCUUGCCCUCCUACCAUGAGCCCUCCUGGACUGCGCUCCUGUGGCACACCCAGGCCUGCCUCACAGCCCUACCCACGCCUCUGCCCAGCCAUCAGACCCACCAUUGCCAAUCGCCCACCCACUGUCAAUCAUGAGAACUUGCCAACUCUGCAGCACACAUUUGCCCAGAAGAUACAGGGACCCUUGGGGGAAAGCUGCCAGUCCUCACGUGCCCCUAGGGCCCCUCCUGCUUUGACAAUCAGGACCCUGCCCAGUAUCCCCUUCCCUCCAAGGCCCCUCAGACUCCCCAGGAUUCCUGCUCUAACCCCUGUCUCACUCCUGCACUGCUCCUAGGACCCAAAUAAAUAUUCAGCAACUUGG